GAGACUCAAACAUGGCUGCGAACGGUAAACCAAGCAAACCAGGGAAACCUGGAAAGGAAGCCCAGCCUUUGAUAAUUGCUAAAACUCCUGCAGAGGAGCAACGAUUGAAAUUGGAAAGGCUGAUGCGCAAUCCCGACAAACCUGCACCUAUUCCAGAAAGGCCAAAAGAUUGGAAUCCUCGUGCUCCUCCAGAGUUUGUUCGAGAUGUGAUGGGCUCCAGUGCAGGUGCUGGCAGUGGAGAGUUCCAUGUGUACAGACAUUUGCGGCGACGAGAAUACCAGCGACAGGAUCACCUGGACCGAAUGUCUGAACAUCAAAAACUGGAUGAUGACUAUCAGGACAAAAUAAAGGAAAACCAGCAAGCUGCUGAAGACAGAACAGCUAAGCGGCGUAAGAAAAGGGAAAAGCUUAAACAGAAGAAACUGAUGGCUAAGAAAGCCAAACAAGAUAAAACUGAAGACUCCGAGAGCGACUCCUCCAGUGACGGUGAAAAGGAAGUGGAGGAGGCUGAGGAUGAUGCUGAAGUUCCAAGCUUUGUCAUGGGGAAGAGGUGAUUGGUCCAGUCGGCCCUUCGCCCAUGUUCGUAAGAGACAUCCCCAACACGAUCUACCCAUGCAGUGACCACAAGUCCAUUUUUUUGUACCUAUGGUGCUUGGAGCUUUUUCCGUUGUUAAAUGAAAGAUCUGCUUGGCUGUGGGAGGUGUAGAAUGGUGCAUUGUCUCAGCUUUGAUACUAUGUCAGAACGGAAAUUAAUGUUACCCUGAUGUGGGUUUAAAAGGAAAAACUACUCUUCUUUAAUUACGGGGGAUUACAAGUCUGUUGAUGGCGAGGAUGAGUGGGAUAUUGUCUAGGUGUUACUUGCAUACAGAAAACUCCCAUUUUGAUUUGUAUUUUUAUAGUGAUUGUGUGUACAUAUUUUUUAAUAAAAUGUAAAGACAUAAACUUCCUGUUUUAAUAUUUU